CGCAGCCUUUGUCUGGUCGUAAUAAUGGCUCUGCUAUCCCCACAACUGCGCAAGCAGUACAACGUCAGAACUCCCAGAGGCCGCCAACUGCUCCUCACGCAAAGCCUCGAUGUCUUUCGAAACGUCCUCCUCGCUCUGUUCAUAAUUCGAUUGGCUCGAUCGACGUGGUGGAGACUGCGUGGUUAUGGCAUCUUCGCCUCCAUUAAACAGCUAUAUGGCCAUAUCUACCGCAGACUCUAUGCACUCUUUCUGCGCCUGCCUUUUGUACAGGCCAAGGUCCAGGCCGACGUGAAGAAAGCAAUCACAGAUAUCGAGAAAAAGCUGGUGCCUUCCGGUCCAGGUGUCAUCAAUUACAAAGCACUGCCAGCUCAAGGAUGGACGCCCGAGCAAGUACGCGCAGAGCUGGAGAAGCUGGGCGAGAUGGAGCAUACAAGAUGGGAAGAUGGAAGGGUCAGCGGUGCGGUGUAUCAUGGCGGUGAUGAGCUUGCAGGGUUGCAGAGCGAUGCCUUCAAGCGCUUCGGCGUGAGCAAUCCAAUCCACCCAGACGUCUUUCCAGGUGUGCGAAAGAUGGAGGCAGAAGUUGUCGCUAUGACUUUGGCCCUCUUCAAUGCGCCUGAUGCAGGAGCGGGCGUGACCACCAGUGGAGGGACAGAGAGUAUAUUGAUGGCGUGUCUAGCAGCACGACAAAAGGCAUUUUUUGAGCGAGGCGUGACUGAGCCUGAGAUGAUCCUUCCGAACACUGCACACACUGCCUUCCGAAAAGCUGGCGAUUACUUCAAGAUCAAGAUGCACUUGGUGCCUUGCCCUGAGCCCAGCUAUCGUGUUCACAUACCUUCUGUGCGCCGGCUGAUCAAUCCAAAUACCAUACUGCUGGUGGGAUCGGCUCCAAACUUCCCUCACGGCAUUGUUGACGACAUUCCUGCUCUAUCUCGACUGGCUCUGAAGCACAAGCUUCCACUACACGUAGAUUGCUGUCUAGGAUCUUUCGUGAUAGCUUUCCUCGCAAAGGCUGGCUUCCCGUCUCCAGACUUCGACUUUCGCGUGCCAGGAGUUACAUCGAUCAGCGUCGACACCCACAAGUACGGCUUUGCUCCUAAAGGCAACAGCGUGGUACUCUAUCGGACUGCAAAGCUUCGAAAGUACCAGUACUACAUAUGUCCAGACUGGUCAGGCGGCGUCUACGCGUCACCUAACAUUGCUGGUUCAAGACCAGGCGCAUUGAUUGCCGGUUGCUGGGCAUCGCUCAUGCGCAUGGGUGAGGAUGGCUAUCUUGACACCUGUCUGAAAAUCGUUAGUGCUGCGAAGCAGAUUGAAUACGCCAUUAGAACUUCGGACAGACUUCGCCAGAGCAUUCAAGUCAUCGGCAAGCCGAUGGUCUCAGUCGUGGCAUUCAAGGCUGCGCCAAAUCACAAAUCGCCAAGUUUGCUGGUCGACAUCUAUGACAUUGCUGAUGCCAUGUCUGCAAAAGGUUGGCAUCUAAAUGCUUUGCAAGAUCCACCUGCGAUUCACGUUGCUGUCACUGUCCCAAUCGUGAACGCAGUCGAUCAGCUUGUCAAAGACCUGGAGGACGUAGUGGAAGCUUGCAAAGGACACGCAAGCACCAAAAAGGGCGAUGCAGCGGCGCUGUAUGGUGUCGCCGGCAGUAUACCGGAUAAGAGCAUAGUAAGAGACCUCGCGAGUGGGUUUCUAGAUACUUUGUACAAGGCUUGAAUACCUGAGACAAAGCUUCAUCAGGGAGCGGACGGCCUUCUGCGUACUGAUCCGGCAAGCGCUGGCCAUACCUCCAUCUUGCACCAGCUGGGAACAGCGCAGACUUAAGAAGAGGACGGCCUUAGGGUUACCUGAACCAGGCUGUUGGGGUCACCUCAGUCAGGCUAAGGCGGCUAAGCCUCUAUAUCGCUUCUCAAGCUUUUGAGGCGUCCAUCAUCUCCACAGCUUCUGCAAUCCUUCGGGCUUCUGAAUUCUCCACUUGUGGUUCCACCACGCACCCAACUUUUAAUGUGGUAGACUCGUAGGAGAAUGCAGAGUGCUCAAAGUUGCUUGACCUGACAGGUCACUUGUGAGCAAACUCGUACUGAAUCACGCGGCGACGGCAUUUAUGUGGAGAAGCAUGCUACAUAGUUGGGGCCGUACAGCUGAAACUUGACAGCGUCGAGAGAAGCACGACUGGGACAUGGCGCGCCGAAGGAUCACGUCUGUCCUGUAUCCAUUUCUGGAACACCUUUGCGAAAGUGUCGAUUUGUUAGUGCGGACACACCAGCGAUUCAUGGCCGCAUGGCGUACGGCCUCAAAGUACGUGCGGCGAUAUUGGGACGCCUCGAGCACGCCUCACGCGGUCCCUCAAUGUGAUUCCUAUCCCAACGUGCCUCAGCUGAAUGAUCGCCAGCACUGAUAGUUUUAAGGCAUACCAAUUCUAGACUCAUUAAGU